CACUCCCUCCCCCAUCCUCUUUCUCGUUCUCGCUAUCUCUUUUUCUCGCCUCCCCCCGCUCCAACUCUCCACCUCCAUCUCGUUACCCUGUUCUGCUCUCUGACAUCUCUGCGCUCGCAGCGCCGCCUCCUCCCCUCCCCUUCCCCACCAGGCAUUCCAUCACCAUGCCACCACACUCCCUUCCUGGGCUACCCAAGGACUAUACCUCCAUCUUCUUCCAGGGCGACGUCGUGACCAAGAAAGUCAACCCAUCCUACCGCGGCAAGGUGAUGCGAGGAUGGGCAGACGAGGAAGUACUCCCUGAGGCGCCGAAUGGCGUGUACAUGCCGCUCGUGCGCGGCGAGGUUGUGGUCAGCGAUGUCAUGACUGGCGAUCUGAAGGUCAUGUCGGAAAUGGAUCUCGAGCUCUUCGAGCGUCCCUUUGUCAAGGGCGACUUUGUCAAGCACUCGCUCAUGGACGCCGAGAGUGCACUCGUGAUCGAUGUGCAGACCGAGUGUAUGAUCGAGCACGUCAUUUCCGGAGAGCGCAUUUCGCAGUGGGUACCAUGGGACAAGCUGCGGAACGCGGUGCGCAUCGAGGCCAAGGACAAGGUCGUGUACGACGAAUGGCUCGGGACGGUCGAGGAGGUGUUCGAAGACGGUCUGAUGGAGGCGCAGGACGGCACAUCAUAUCGCAUGGCGGAGAUGGGCGGGAUACUCGAGACUGGGCGCUACGCAAGCGAAGUGGUGCCCCAGGAUCCCGAGUUCUUGGCUCUCUGCCCGCCAGGCGCCAACUUCCAUGAAGAUCGCGUUAUCCGGGUGCUCCCUCUCAUAGUCUACGUUGUCUGGAACGCUAUCAAUCAGACACUCCCUAUAUCUGAACACGACAAACACCCCGAGCCUGAGAAGUUCUGGGGGGCAGGUGACAUCAGCAAGCUCACCCACUUCGAGACCACGAGGCACCAAUCACCCCUCCUCAAUACCACAGUCACAUUCCGGGACCCGUUUGUAGAAGCUGCAUUUGGCGGUCUGGCGACAUUCCAUUUGCGAAACACCUUCCCCCUGCGGGUGUAUAAGGUGCUGCAGAAUCGCCACAAGCUCACGCUCCGUUGGCAGGAUGGAACCGAGACCGAGGAGUUUUCGUCCGGCUUCGUCCCGUACCGCAACGUUGACGACUACGAGGCGUGGCCUGGAGAAGCUCUCGUCUGGCGCAGCGAUACAGGCGUACGACGACCAGCUGUAGUGCAGACGUACAACCCAAAACAGCGCAUCGCCGAAGUUCUGCUUCUGGACACGAAAGAGAAGGAAACCGUCUCUGUGUUGGAGCUCGACACGGGAGGCUUCGGUCGGGUUAACUACGGUGUUGCCCUGGGACAGUUUGUGUUGCUGUGCGAGGAUAAUGGUGCCGAGCUACCCGAGGUGCCUUCUCUAGGCCAGGUCGAGCCCGCCGAGGACGGGCGCCAGGGUUUCAAGACCAUUCUUGCGAGCUUGGGUGUCACAUUACGCGGAGGGCCGGGGCAGUUGAGUGGAUACCUGCCCACUCUACCCCAGGGCGACCCAAACAGCAUCACGUGGUGGGGUGAGGUUGUUGACAUGCACCUGGACGGCACCAUCAGCGUCGAGCUGUACUCUGGCGAGCGAAAGCGUGUCGACCUCAAGCAGAUUAUCGUUUUGAACGAGCCCGAGGCCCAGUUCCCGCCCGAGUUUGAUGACGAGUACUCGGACUACACGGAUGUGAUGUCGGAUCGGUCGUGGGAGACUGUCGGCGACGACGGCGUCUACGAGGACGAUGGCGCGCCCAACGGCGCGACCGCGCCUUUCUUUGUGCCUGCCCCGGACGAUUUCGUGCACUCUGACGAUGACGAGGACAUGGACGUCGAUGGAACGGACGGGAACAGCUCGGUCGAUCGCGAGGCGGUGGAUGUGGGCAUGGACGACGAGGCUUCUGACGACGAGGUUUCCGACAACGAGGCCACCCCUGCGCCUCCCGAGCCGGCAGCAACGCCAAGGGCAGCUGAGUCCGAGAAUCAGCCGACAGCCGGGCCGUCGUCGGCCGUACCUGUGCCCCGUCGCGAAAUCUUGACUGACAGCGACAAUUGGGUGCGCUUCGAGGUUCUCGAAUCCGCUCCAGCCGAGCAUCAUUACUUCGAGGAGCCCCUGCUCCCACCUGCCUCCAAGACCUUUUUCUCGCGGCUACGCAAGGAGCACCGCACGCUCUCCACAUCCCUUCCCGAGAACAUCCUUGUAAGGACAUAUGAGGACCGGACGGAUCUGAUGCGUGUCCUCAUUAUGGGCCCGGAGGGUACGCCGUACGCCGACGCGCCGUUCAUCUUCGACGUUUACCUGAAUCCGACCAAGUUCCCAAACGAGCCCCCGCAAGUCUUUUUCCACAGCCACACGAACGGGCUCGGGAGAUGUAACCCGAACCUGUACGAGGAGGGCAAGGUGUGCCUCUCGGUGCUGGGCACAUGGGCGGGCGACAAGAGCGAGAGCUGGAGUCCAACGAAAAGCUCGCUGCUGCAGGUCUUCGUGUCGAUAUCGGGCCUAGUCCUUGUGCGCUCGCCAUACCACUGCGAGCCCGCGUUUGCCAAGCUCGAAGGCACGCGCGAGGGCCGCGUCAACUCGCGCCUGUACAGCGAAAAGGCGUAUGUGCUCUCGCGCAGCUUUGUGCGCACGGCGCUCGAGCGCCCGCCCGCUGGCUUCGAAGCAGAGCUCACGCACGCCUUCUUUACGAAGGGCCGCCUGGCCAGCGUCAUCGAUCAUGCGCAGCGCCUCAUCGCGCAGGGCGAGGUCGGCGACGACAACGAGGACGAAAUGGAGGAGAUGUGGAAUGCGGACGCCAUCGGCCGCCUCUCGAUGGGCGCUAUCCUCACUCUCAAACGUACGGUGACCGCCCUCGAGCGGAUCCAGGCGCGGGGCCCGCUGCCGCUGCCGGAGGCGUCGUAGCUGUAGGUUUUAUGGCAUAGCAUAGUUGCAUCAUGGGACAUGGGAUGGGAUGGGUG